UAAUACCCUUGCUCGAGGGGUGGCAGCGGUGUAGCGGCACGUCGCGAUGAUCAAAACUACCCUCUUGUCAGUCUGAAAGUCGCCGCGUAAGUUCGUUAGUGAAUUGCGACAUAUGUGUUAGGCUUGGAUAUGCUGUCACUGCCGUCGCUGUCAUAACCGCCGCCGUGUAUACGUAUAUAUAUAUAUACACGCGAUAAAACGUGUAAGCAUAUAUGUGAUUACGCAAUACGCGAAUCCAAACAUCCGUGAUUGUGUAUCCCGCCGGUGUGAAUUGCGCGAGUUGUGUCCGCUUUUGUACGAAAGGAUUUAGCUACGACGAAUCGGGCGACAAAGUUUGACUUACAUUUGCCUACUUUCGAUGACGACGAUGACUCAUCUAUGUUGAGAUGUUAAGUAAAUGCUAAUGAAUCUUCCAUCUACAAAAGUGGAUAAAGAAGACCGGGCACGGGAAUGAAUGCUUAUGAAGGUUGAAGAAAGAAAUCUACACAACGAAUAACAACAACCUGCCUCCAUUGCGACCAGUCAGAUAUCUCACAUUAAGAUGACAUAGAAUGGGUUGGGUGGCGCUAGGGCGGUGUGCGGGUGGUGGCGGCCGCCUCUCGUCCAUCCUUUCGCUGUCUCUUACUUCCCUCGCGAGCUCCCUCAUCUUCACUUUCCUCUGUAUCCUCACACUUGCUUUUACUCUCGUCACUCUUGCGCGUGCUGAAGACAUUUUCGAAGAGGGCAAGUCGGACAAGGAAAUUCUGGACAACUUGUUGCUGUCGACGCGUUAUGACAAGCGGCUUCUACCCCCGGUCCAAGGGCUGUUGGGUGUUACAGAUGCUGAUUUCUGCUGCGGAAUGAAAAGACCUGGUGACAGUACCGGCUUGACAAACCAGUCGUCGAUCUUCUCUAACGACCUCGAGAACCAGAACAAGAACCAGAACAAUAACCACUAUACGUCGCACCAAUACCUUCGCACUCACCUUCGUGGAACAUUGACUGUGAACGUGAGCGUGCUGUUGUUAAGCUUAGCUUCUCCAGACGAAUCCAGUUUGAAAUACGAGGUGGAAUUUUUACUGCAGCAACAAUGGUACGAUCCACGAUUACGUUACAGUAAUAGAUCCAGAUAUGAAUUUUUAAAUGCGAUUCAUCAUUACGAAGAUAUCUGGUUACCGGAUACAUAUUUUAUAAUGCAUGGAGAUUUCAAGGAUCCCAUUAUUCCCGUACAUUUUGCCCUGCGAAUAUAUCGCAAUGGCACUGUCAACUACCUUAUGCGGCGUCACCUUAUCAUAUCCUGUCAGGGUAGCCUUAACAUCUUCCCCUUUGAUGACCCAUUGUGUUCAUUCGCGAUUGAGAGCAUAUCCUACGAGCAGACAGCGAUUACGUACGUAUGGAAAAACGACGAGGGUACGUUACGAAAAAGUCCAAGCCUAACAUCACUGAAUGCAUAUCUCAUUAAGAAUCAGACAAUCACAUGUCCGAUCAAAGUGAGCUGGAGAGCUGACGGACAUAUUAUCGAUGAGGACGAGUUGGAUGAUUUUGGAAACUUUAAGUGCUCGCUAUGCCAGCGCAGGUUUGAGGAGCAAGAACCUUUUUUGAUGCCAAUACGUAAUUACAGCUGCUUAAAAGUGGAUCUAAUCUUUACGCGAGAUCGUUCUUUCUAUUUUACUACGGUUUUCAUCCCGGGUAUUAUUUUGGUAACCAGCUCUUUCAUCACAUUCUGGCUUGAGUGGAACGCCGUGCCGGCGCGAGUGAUGAUCGGUGUAACAACAAUGCUCAACUUUUUCACUACGUCGAAUGGCUUCCGGGGAACGCUGCCCGUCGUUUCAAACUUGACUGCCAUGAAUGUAUGGGAUGGCGUGUGCAUGUGCUUCAUCUACGCGAGUCUUCUCGAAUUUGUUUGCGUGAACUAUGUUGGUCGCAAGCGGCCGAUGCACAACGUUGUCUAUCGUCCAGGCGAAAAUCCCGUCACCCAGCGGCUCCCAGCGGUACUCAGCAGGAUAGGAAUUAUAUUGGCCAGCCCUUUGGGUAAAAAGAAGCGGGAAGGCGGAGCUACCACCGGUGGGACUACUGGAGCAAACGAAAUCGUCACUUGCACCAACUGUGGACCUAAUCCUUGCACGCACACGGCAACGAAUGGUUGUACUGCCGAACUAAGAAAGAAAGACCCGCCACAUCCAAUUAGGGUGGCGAAAACAAUUGAUGUGAUAGCCAGGAUCACUUUUCCAAUCGCCUAUUUUAUGUUUCUUACUUUCUUCUUCAUUCACUAUAAGGGCACUUCGUAGAGCAACGCACAAUGAUCCUUGAAAUAUCUCUCAUCGUUGGUAUGAGCGACAACGAAGCCUCGUGAUAGGCAACAAUAAUGCUCAGGACUGGGGGAUUGAAUAUACAGUGAAUUCAAGUUUUUUCUCAAGAAUAGAAAUACCUCCAAGUGUAAAUAAAUAUAUUGAUAAUCGUACGAAUUUGUGAUGAUCGGAUCUUCGUUGCGAACACACAAAUAGCGAUAAUGUAACUUAACAUGCAAAACUGGAAUUUUUUUUUUUUAAUGAGAAGUUGUGAACUUAUUCGUGAUAUUACUAAAUCGUGAAAUUAUUCGCCUAUAAUAAAUAAGCCAGACUAAAUGGAAUAACAUGAGCAAUAUCUGACGAGUGAAAAGGAAAGAAAGCACGCCGAUGGAAUAUUUGACGAUGUGAUGUAUAAGAGAGGAAAAAGUAUCUACGAUGAAUUUGUUUUCGAUUAUUCUUCAUUUUUCUCACGUGUGAUAAAUUUUGAAAGCACUUCUUUAUGGAGAAAGUAGAUUCAUUAUAAACAUAAAGUCAUGUUCAUUUUUUUUUCGUUUCUUUUUCCUGUCUUAUAACUUUAGAAAUAGAUAAGAUGCCGCCGGUGAACGCUUCAGUCAAGCAAAAAGAAUGACUUGCUUAGCUUAGUCGAUCAUGUGCGUGAUUACACAUAUAUUAAUAUAUAAAAUAUUAUUAUUGCGCCUAAUUCAAAUAUCGUUAACAGGCAUAUAAUACUGAAAUAUCCAUACCGAACAUUGAAUAUGAAACAAUAGAAAGAUAGAAGUACAGGAUAUUUCACGUAACGUGAUCCAUUCAUCUUCUUAACAAAUAUUAAAACCAAUAAAAUGAAUAAGCGUUUUAAAACUAUCAAAUUAGAUAAUUGUAGAUAUAGCUUUCAUAUAGCUAUAGUUUUUCUGUAAUAUCUACAUUUAGGUAAGUGAACGGUUCAUUUUACGUGUCAAGUAUUCUGUUAAAUCAAUUAGAUGCUAUUAAACGGAAAGUCGAAUCAAAAAUUCUUUUGUGAAAACAUACAUACACGAUUUAUCACGACAUUAUACUUUGAUACACGAAAAUUGUCGCCAUUCAAUCUGACAAAAAAUGGAAGACGUAUAAAGUGCGGACUCUUGUUAAUUUUAUCAAGAGACGCGGUAAUAUCUCGCGCCAAAUUCAGCAACAGCGAGGCACCAUAUAUAUUUAUACACGAGUCGGUUAGUACCUUAGAUUAUCAAUAAAAAAAAAAAUACGAUAAAUGCUGAACGAAUGAAAAAAGCAAGCGGUUCACGGUUCGUCGGUACAUGCGUCAUGUGCACUGCGUGGAAGAGAUAUCAUCUUAAUAUUACUGAAAUAUGUAACACGCAACAUUCCGGAGUUCUUUUCUCGGAAUACAUUGAUGAACUAUUUCUACUACAUAAGUCGAAUGCUGUUAGCUAAUUCAAAAUUUCUACUUGUAGCCUGCAUAAUGUUUUAGGUACAAUAUUAUUAUACUACACUACUAUUAUUAUUACUAAUACUAUUUUUAUUAUUAUCGUAACUAAUAUAUUAUCAUACUAUUACAAUUGCUAUCGUAUUAACGCUACUACUAUUACAAGUCACCAUUGUAAUAUUACUAUCUUUAGAAGAGAUGCAAUAUUGCAAGCACUUUUAAGUGCGCAUCCUCUAUUUGUACCGAUCGAAUUAAAUUUAUCGUAUCCAGCAAUAUCAAAAUCCAACAGACCAAAAAGAUGAGAACCGAAUGUACAUACCGGGAAUAUGUUUCUCGGUAAUCCACACAACUCGAGAUACCCUAAAUAUUACUAAUAAUUAUAAGGAGACCGUCUUGCUGUUGUUAUUGCGCUAUUCGCUGUUGAAUACGUGGAAAAAUAUUUCUUAAUACGAUGAGACAUAUGGGGGCACAUAAUACAAGCGCACGCACGCACGCACACACGUGCACAUACGUGGACAACGCGAAUGCGCAUUUAAAUAUAAAAAAACAUGUGUAAGGAUCGAUAUCUCUGAUGAUGGUUAGCAUUGACCUUAAUUCGUUAUACACAUAAUAUAAUAAAAAAAAAGAAAUAUGUCAAAAUAUAUUAUUAAUCAGUUCACAUAAGGUUCAUCAAAAAAAAAAAUUUGAAUUGUCUUUUUAUUUAUUUAUUUUAUGUUUACAUUUACACAAUAAGAAAUUUUACAUUUAUUUAAAUAUUGUAUUUACUUUAUAACUAUUGUAACUUAAUAUUAGAAAAAAGUGUUUAGAUAUUCCGUAUAUAUUGCUAACUAACAUCCAAGAAAUCGAGCCUGAAUAAUAAAUACACAUUAAAACAGAUCUCGUCUAACUGCCAAAGGACUUUCAUUCUCACUGGUGUAUAGAUGUAUGUAUUUUUUCUUAAACUUUUUCCGCACAUUGUAAAACAGCAAACUAGAAUCGUCUUUUGAAAAAUUGUGCAACUGACUAUUGGUGUCAUUUUCUGUAAAUCGCCCAUUUAGAAAUUUAUAAUAUCGCUUAACCUUGUAUUCGCUUGCCGUUCAACAAUAUUUACGAUCAAUCUUAUCGAUUUUUAUGAGAAAAUAAAAACAUAAAUAACAGAUUUAUAACGUCACACACGCAGCACUCUAAUUUUAUAAUAAAUAAUUUGAAUAGUUGCUGAUGCGUAUCGUUAUCAACGAUAUAAAAAAUUAAAGAAAUUAAAAUAAUUAAUUGUUACAGCCUUUAAUAAAUAAUAAAAUUAUUAUGUAUUUCCGAAAA